AUGCUUUUCUAUCCAGAAAUAAGUAUUCAAAAUGAAUUAAAAAAGCUAAUGUCUUGUGCUGAUAGAGCAUAUGACCACCAGUUGGAACAAAAGCGUAAAAGGCUUCAAGCUUUGCUGCGAUCUGAGGAAGAGCAACAGGAGCAGGAAAUCAUGAAAAAACUUCAUGAUGAAGAAGAAAUGCGUUUAAGGGAAAAAUCUAACGCUUUGCUCGCCGCUAAACAGGACGAGGAAAGGCAAAGGGUAGAAUUUGUGAAAAACAAAAUGACUCAACUUAAGUUAAAUAAUUGCGAUGAAAUCAGAUCUUUUCUGCAACAAAAGUAUCACGAAGAAGCCAAAAAGUGUCAACUGGCCCAAAUAGAGGACAGGAUCAAACUGAAACAAGCUAAAAUGGAUGAAGAACGCAUGUGGACAGAAGUGCACGUACGAAAGUACAAAAUGGAGCUACAAAAGGAACUGACAGAGAAAAACGAAAGGAAACUUAUGGAACAGAAAACGUUCCAAGAUGUUCAGCUUCAAAUUAAGGAAAAAUCGCUGAAGACUGCCCAGGACAAGGUUGAUCUGCAAAAGGUUAUUUGUUCCUCUUUGCCAUUUCCUGAUCAUGAUCCAAAAUUGAAGUCACUCGGAAAGGCCGAGCUUGCUGAACAUUUAAACGAGCAAAUUAAUCUUCGUAAAGAAUUGCAACGCCAAAGAGACGAAAAAGAUCAGAAGGUUGUUCGAAUGAUCAACGAGACUUCCGCGAAAGAACUUGAACAAGAGCGACAAGUUCGCAAAGCGGAAGAUGUCUUACUGAAAAAGCAAAAGGAUCAAUUUUACCAGUAUUCAAAACACGUGCUCCGCCAAAGACAACUUGACGAGGGCAAACUCGAUAAGCUGAUCAAUGACACGCGGGAAAAAUUCGAAAUGGAAAAGGUAGAAGCUUGCCGUCGGGAGAAACAGAAGCGGCUACAGAUGGCAUCGGUUGCACACGAGGGACAGCGGAUGCAAAUCGCAGAGAUGGAAGCUCGAAAGGCACGCGAACGUGAGGAGCGCCAACAAGAAGCUUUUCGUGAGCGCGAAUUGCAAGAAAAGAACCGCCUAGAUGCCGAGAAUGCCGAUUACAGAAUACAGACUGCAGUGCAGCAGUACCGAGAUUCGCUGAAGGAACAAAUUAAGUCGGCAUCGCUUGAACGAGAACGCCGUAAACGAGCUAAUCAACUAGAAACAAACCGUCUGAUCGAGUGUAGCUUCAAUGAGCUGAAUUUUGUUCAAAGCUAUGUGAAAGGUUCAUUUGAAGAGCAUUUCAAAAAGCAUCCCAACGUGUCACUUAUGAAGCGGAAGUACUGA